AUGGCUCCGCCACCUGCGGUGCCGGAAGCGGACCACCAGGACGACGACGACGGCAUCCCGGAAGGGACCGGGGUAGACCUGAGAGUGGCGGUACGUAGGCUCAAGGCCAGGAAUACCGCCCCAGGAUCCGAUGGCUUGCCUGGCAAAGCCUGGGUCCUGGCCUCAGAGGCUCUCGGGCCCCGACUGGAGGGGCUCCUAAGCGCAUGCUUGGAGAGAGGCCAAUUCCCGCUUCGUUGGAAGACGGGGAAGCUGGUCCUCAUUCGGAAGCCGGAGCGCCCUGCGGACUCUCCGUCCGCAUACCGGCCCGUGGUGCUGCUCGACGAGGUGGGCAAGCUCUUUGAAAGAGUCAUUGCAAACCGCCUCGCCGAGCACCUUGCGGGGACGGGGCCGGAUCUUGCGGAACACCAGUUUGGUUUCCGCAAGAGGCGCUCUACGGUGGACGCCAUCAUGCGCGUGAGAGCCCUCACGACGGGGGAUGCAGUGGCCAGGGGGGGGGGGUUGUUUUGGCGGUGUCUCUCGACAUCGCCAACGCCUUCAACUCCAUGCCCUGGAGCUGCAUUAGGGAGGCACUCCGGUAUCACCGGGUGCCGACCUAUCUCCGUCGUAUAG